AUGAGCGCGGUUGGUGCAGACUCCGAGUUUAUAACAAUUGGUCAAUCUCAGCCAAAUAGAGAAGAGCUACCUGACAAGGUUUCGGCUCCAAUGUCUGCAAAGCAUACAUCUCAAGUAGAUGAUCAGUCUUGGCUGCAUGCUUUGGGUCUUGUGCAUAAUAAAUACGAAAUUAAACAGAACGACUUCCAAACAAAAGUAGCAGAUUUACAGAAAAGGAAGGCAGAAAUUACUGACAGGGGAAAAGAAAAACUGAAUAUAGUAUCAAACAAAGUUCAUUAUGGACUAGGGACCAACGAAGAGGUAAAUCUUGUGGAGCGUAAAGACGAUAGACUGCGGCUACAAUAUGAAGAUGAGGAAGAAAUCCAAGGCGAUGACGAUCAGGAAGAUGAUGAGGAGAGGGAGGAAGAUGAGGAAGACGAUCCAUGCGAGGCGGGUUCGAUGUCUAGCUGUCCUCUGAGUGUCUACCAAUCCAGCCUCUGUUUUGACAACAACUCGAUCACCGACCAGGCCGUUGCGUCGCCUGAUCAAGGUUCCUUGCAGGAACAGUCCAGCCUUAAGCAAAAAGAGAUCGCAGUUACGGAGGAAGAUCCCAAUCUUGGCACUAGAGUACAGCCAAUGAAGUACAGAGGAAGUAUGGUAGGAGCAUACAGGCGAGCAAUGUCCGAAUCAAGACAAUUUAAUCAUAAAAAGCAGAAUAUUCAGAUGGAAGAAUCACUCGCUUCUUCAAACUCUGCCAUGGAUAGCAAGAAAGGCCAGAGGAAUAGAACAGCCUUCACAUUAAAGCAAUUAAAGUUGCUUGAGCAAGGUAAGUUUGCCUACACAAGACCAACAAAGUUGAUUUAA